UAGAUGAAUUAGGACCAACUUUAAUUCGAUUUCUAGUUGAAAGCCUUAUUCAUGUUUAAUCCUUUGGCAAUCCCUACAGUUCCAAAGCCAUCUGAGCAAGUAAUCUGAUUAAAAUAAACCAAGGAUCAACAAGAUGCAAAGUUAAUUUACUAUUUCCCUUAGAAUGCCAACAUUGAGGAAAAAAGAAUACAAACAGGCAUGGCUGAAGGGAUAUUUGUCUUCUUCAAGCAAUUCAAUCCAAAUGAAUAAAGUAUACAAAAGCAGGGGUAAUAAGACAAUAAGGAGAAUGAAUUAAAGUUUUAGACAAUUCACCUGGAAUCUUAGACUCAUAUAAUUUGUUAAAUCAGAGAUGAUCUCUUUCUGUUUAUGACUAUAGCUCAUUAAAAAAUACCCAAAGUGAAAGUCAUUACGGAGGAUUACUUUUUUAGCGAAUGCAAUAAAUUUCAUUAUAGUUUGUCAAAAAACUUAUAUACAAAUGUUGCUGAGAAUUAUAUAAAUAAUUUUUCUUUGUUUUAUGGAUUUGAUCUUUCAUAAUUAGAUUAGUACACUUGGAGAUGGAUUUAAUGCAAUGCAAGGACAAGUCCAUAACUAAAUUUAUUUUAUUUUUAAACUUAAUCCUUUAGAUAUAGUUUUGAUGGAAGUAUAUUUUUAUUACUCCAAUACUUGUUAUCAAUGCUAAGGUAAUUGGAAUCUUUGAUAACUGAUUUCUUAGUGUUCUAUAAUGGAUACUUUGUGUAUUCGACCCUGCCACAUAAAAAGGCACUUUUACUUAAGGAGCAUUAUUAUGGUAAUGGAUUGUCUUGGUAAACAGCUGAAUAAAAAGUUGCCCAAAAACAAUUUCUAUCUUAUGAGUAGUCUUAAUUUGCAUAUCUAAAUUUUAACAAUCUAAAAAAUUUACCAAUAGAUUCCUCUUUUAGCCCUUAAAUUAUUUACCUAAAUUAAUAACAAAAACAUUUUUUCACAUUUUUGGACAAGUAAUUAUUUGUUAUAUUGAUCUCUGAUUUAAUAAAAGAUCUAUCGAAUAUGAAUAAUGUUACAUAAGCCUUAGUAAGGAAUGUUGAUAAUUUAUCAGUCUAAUUCGGACCUUAUAUUGAAGCAAAUCAAAAAUAAGAUAGUAUUAGAUACAUCUAUUUUAAUGGUAUAAAUUUGGCAUCAAAAGUUUCAAAUUAGUUGAAUAUUUAAAAAUUAUCUUCUGAAAAUUUAAGGAUCUUAUAGCAAGUUUAUGAAAAGCUAAACCAUUGUAAUCAAUACGUUGUUAGAAAGUAUUUAAAUUAAUUAACUAAAGUGCUGGUAUGUGGUUUGUUGGCAUAAAAGUUGUGGACAAAAGAGUCAUUUAUCUGCAAACUGCGACCAUAAGUUUAAGUAAAAUUGAAGAAGAAAUUAAUAAAUUUAAAGAAUAAUUCUUUCCUAAUAUGCUAUUUUGAAUUAUAUGAAAAGUAUAUAUAUUAUCAAUUAAAUUUUAAUAAAAC